AAAAUGUCUUCUUCAUUACCAAGACAAAGUCCUUGGCCUGCAAUAGAAAUGCAACAAGCAUUACAAAUUCUCGAGGAGAUUGUUGGGUUAAAUUUGGAUAAAUUAAGAAGUAUUGAACAAAAACAAACAAAUAAUUUAAAAGAAUUAAUUGGCUAUGUUUUGGCUGAAACUUUAUUAGCGUUUAGACCUGUUCCUAAUUUUCGUGCUUCUGUUAUGGAUGGAUAUGCAAUUAUUUCCUCUGAUGGAAAAGGACCUCGCAAAGUUGUUGGUGCUUUCAAUGCAGGAAAGGCAACGUCAAAUGGACAUAAAAUGUUGGAGUCUGGCCAAUGUGUUCGAAUAAGUACUGGGGCUAAAUUGCCUGAAGAGGCAGAUGCUGUUGUGAGGUUGGAGGAUACUGAAGUGUUGGAAGAAGAUGAUGACGGUAAAGAGAUUUUGAUAGAUAUUGGAAUUGACCCAAAAUCAGGACAGAAUAUUCGAGAGAUUGGCAGUGACAUAGCCAAAGAUGAAUUAUUAUUAGCAAAAGGUAUUCGUUUGGGGGCAUCCGAAAUUGGCCUACUUGCUUUGAGUGGAAGAAAAACGGUUCUUGUUUAUUCCAAACCAAAAAUUUGUGUUUUAUCUUCCGGCGAUGAAUUAAUUGAUUUUAUUAAUUUGCCUAAUAAUGGGGAGAAUGAAUGGCCAAUUGAUGGGGUUAUCGAUACAAAUAGACCUGUUUUGAUUUCUCUUUUAUUGGAAGAAGGAUUUGAUCCAAUUGAUUGUGGCAUAGCUAAAGAUAGUGAAGAAGAAUUAAUUAAUUCAAUAAAGAAUGCUUUUUCUAAAAGUGAUAUACUUGUAAUAAGUGGAGGUGUUUCUAUGGGAGAGAAAGAUUUAUUAAAAUCAACUUUAAAUAAACAUUUUAAUUUAAAAAUAAAUUUUGGACGUGUUUAUAUGAAGCCAGGGUUGCCUUCUACUUUUGCUUCGGGAAUUGGAUUGGAUGGACGGCCAAAAUUAGUUUUUGGAUUGCCAGGUGGGGGCAAUCCAGUAUCUGCAUUUGUUACUUCCCAUUUAUUUGUUAUCCCCCAAUUACGAAGAAUUGCUGGUUUAGACAUUAAUUGGGAAAAUAUAAAAAUUAAUGUUGAGGUAUAUUUUCUAAACAAAACUAUAUUUUAUUUUCAAAAAAAAAAGUUGUCCAAUUCAAUUCCUUUACUCGAUUCCCGACCAGAAUAUUGUCGAGCUAUUUAUUUACAUCCAAACAAAUUAAAUUCAAUUCCUUCAAUUCCAAAAGUUAAAUGUUUAUUUAAAAACAAAAUUUCUUCUAAUUUAUUAUCUACUCGAUCGGCUAAUUUAUUGUUGGAAUUACCUUCAAAAGAGGAGGAAGAAAAGAAAGGAAAUUUUGAUGGGAUUAAAUCUGGGGAGUUUAUUAAUGCUUUAAUUAUUGGAAAAUUGUGA